AUGACCACCAGCGGCAUGGACGUGGACUGUGAGGGGUGCCAGUGCCACAGCGAAGACAAACGCACCGCCAUCCUCUACACCCUCCUCAGCCAGAACCUCACCCACGGCCGGGGCGGCCGCAGCCCGGCCCACCAGCGCUGCCUCUGCCACCAGCGCCGGACCGUCUGCCUCCGCACACCCCACGUCACCUGCCGGGCGGCCUCCAACGUGCUGGUAAAAACCAUCAGCUUCAUGAAAAACCUCCCUUCCUUCCACCUGCUGCCGCGAGAGGAUCAGCUCCUGCUGCUGGACAGCUGCUGGGUUCCCCUCUUCCUCCUGGGGCUGGUCCAGGAGAUGGUGACCUUCGAGGUGAUGGAGACCCCGGCCCCCAGCAUGCUCAAGAAGAUCCUCCUCGACGGCCAAAGCAAACAUCGGGAGCCCGAGCGGACGCAGCCCACGCUGGCCGCCGUGCAGCGCCUGCAGUGCUGCCUGAACACCUUUUGGAGCCUGGACCUGAGCCCCAAGGAAUACGCCUACCUGAAGGGAGCCGUUCUCUUCAAUCCCGGUGAGUGCCCGGCCCUCGCGGCUCUGCCUGCCGGCGGGAGAGCACGUCCCGCACCCGUUGGCGCCUCUUGGCUUGUAGACGUUCAAGAGCGCCGGCAGCUCAUCGCGGAAAUGCUCUCCACCUUAAAAUCGAUCCCUCCUGCCCUCAUCACGGAUCUCUUCUUCCGACCCGUCAUCGGCAACGCGGACAUCGUCGAGCUCAUCGCGGAAAUGCUGUACGAGAUAACCGGCAGGCAGCUGGCUCCCGCGGCACGCGCGGCGUGCUGA